CUGGCAACUGCCGAAUUUUCCCAACGUCAACCCAUCGCCUCGGGGACCGUCCAAAAGAGAGAUACCGACGUCACUUCAGUCAUGGUUUACAGGUAAUCAUGAGAUUCCUAGUCGCGGCAGCUCUCAGGCUCAGAGUGCCUCGUGGAGGGUCCGGAAUACCACACCUGACGUGCCUGUCGCAAUGGAUGUCCACUGCGAGGAAAGUCUUGGCUCAAGAGCCUCAUCAGGUGCUUCAGGCAUCCCAAGGCCUUAAGCUGCGUAACUACCAGGAAGAAUGCAUCCAGUCCGUACUCCUGUCCUUGGAUAAGGGAUGCAAGCGGUUGGGCGUGUCUUUGGCCACCGGCAGUGGCAAGACUGUCAUCUUCACCCAACUCAUAGGCAGGGUCAAGCCGCUUUCAGAGAAAGCAACCCAGACCCUGAUCCUAGCCCACAGGCGGGAGCUCGUGGAGCAAGCUGCCCGGCACUGCUCCAAAACCUAUCCCGAUAAGACGAUCGAGCUCGAGCUGGGAAAGCUGUCUGCCUCCGGCACCGCCGAUAUCACAGUGGCCAGCCUGCAGAGUAUCCUGUCCAAGGACCGCCUCCUGAAGUUUGACCCCAAGAGGUUCAAGCUCGUCCUCGUGGACGAAGCACACCACAUUGUUGCCCGGGGUUACUUGAAAGUGCUGGAACACUUCGGCCUGAGGCACAAAAGUCCCGACUCCCCGCACCUGGUCGGCGUAUCCGCCACCUUCUCGCGGUUUGACGGCCUCAAGCUGGGCGCCGCCAUCGACGAGAUCGUGUAUCACAAGGACUACGUGGACAUGAUUGGCGAGAAGUGGCUCAGUGACGUGGUCUUCACCACCGUUGAGAGCAAGGCCGACUUGUCCAAGGUCAAGCGGAAGGGAAGAGGCGGGAGCGGCGAGUUCGAUACUGAUUCCCUCUCUCGCGCAGUCAAUACCGUCGAGCUCAACGACAUUGUCGUCCGUGCCUGGUUUGCGAAGGCUGCCGGGAGGAAGUCGACGCUGGUGUUCUGCGUCGACCUGAACCACGUCGCCGCCCUGACCCAGAGAUUCCGCCACUACGGAGUCGAUGCUCGCUUCGUCACGGGUGACACGCCCACCCGCGAGAGGGCCGAGCGCUUGGACGCCUUCAGGAACGGGGAGUUUCCGGUGCUCAUCAACUGCGGCGUAUUCACUGAGGGCACCGAUAUUCCCAACAUCGACUGUAUCGUCCUGGCCAGGCCCACCCGGUCCCGGAAUCUGCUGAUCCAGAUGAUUGGCCGCGGAAUGAGGCUCCAUAGCGGCAAGCAGAACUGCCACAUCAUCGACAUGGUCGCGGGCCUUGAGACCGGCAUCGUCACGACGCCCACCCUGUUCGGCUUAGACCCGGACGAGCUUGUCAACGAGGCUUCGGCCGACAAGAUGUAUGAGCUGCGGGACCGUAAGGAGGCCGAGGAAGCGAGGGAGGCUCAGGCCAGGCAGCGCCUGACGGAUGCCGAGUCGACGGGGCGCUCUUAUAGCGUCACCUUCACCGAGUACGAUUCGGUCUUUGAUCUGAUUGCCGACACCUCUGGCGAGAAACACAUCCGCUCAAUCAGUCAGCACGCCUGGGUCCAGGUUGGGCCGGACAGAUUCGUCCUCAGUGGCCCGGGAGGAACGUACCUGAAGCUGGAAAGAGUUCCUGACGCCGGCCCGGGAGAUGCGCAGUUCAAGGCAUGGGAGGUACGGGCCUUGCCGCCAGGCGUGUCGAAGUCUCCUUACGCGGCGCCGCGCGAGAUUCUGAGUGCGGUGACCUUUGCGGAUGCUGUCCAUGGCUGCGACAAUUAUGCAAGCGAGAACUACCCUUUCUUCAUGAUAGCGACAAGGAUGCUGUGGAGGAAGGCGCCGGCAACCGACGAGCAACUCAAGUUCCUGAAUAAGCUCAGAGCCGCCGACGACAAGCUGGGUCCGGAAGAUGUCACGAAAGGUACCGCGGCCGACAUGAUCACCAAGAUCAAGCACGGUGCGCGCGGCCGGUUCGCCAGCAUCGAAUCAAUCAAGAGGAAGCAGCAGAAAUCCGCCAUUGCCGACGAGCUGUACCGUGCAAGAAAAGAAAACGAGCUAGUCUCGGUCGGGCCUCUGCCAGCAUGAGCUUCGGCACGGGUGAGAGAGACGCGUGAGAGCGCGUCUGGCCGCCUUCUGAGCCGCUUGGGUUCCCUGGACAAAACUCC